UGUGGACUUCAGUGCAGUUACACAGAAGUUGCACAACGCGGAUUAAUGUAACCACCAUGCCUAGCCAGUCUAAUUUGCUUUCUGUACUCCGCACGGCCGUGUAAGACGCCUUAACUUCCCUAAAACAGGAAGGAACCGUGUUUGUGGCUGGUGGUGGUGAACAGGAUCCGUGCGGCCUGGAGCCCUCGCUGAGAGUCUUGAGAGGGGGAGGCCAAGUCUGUCACCAUGGAGGGCCAGAACAGCCAUCACCAGCACAACCUUGAGGACCCAAACAAACUGUUCAAACCUGGACAAGACUUCCAGGACCAGUGGAAGCUGCCGUCCUACCCGUACUGCUGCACGCUGGCCAACUUCCGCAUCGAGAAGAAGAUUGGCAGGGGGCAAUUCAGCGAGGUGUACAGAGCCACGUACCUGCUGGAGGGCAAGCAGGUGGCCCUGAAGAAAGUGCAGAUAUUCGAGAUGAUGGACGCCAAAGCUCGGCAAGACUGCGUGAAGGAGAUCGACCUUCUGAAGCAGCUGAACCAUCCCAACGUGAUAAAGUACCUGGACUCCUUCAUCGAGGACAACGAGCUGAACAUCGUUCUGGAACUGGCGGAUGCCGGCGACCUGUCUCAGAUGAUCAAGUAUUUUAAAAAGAAGAGAAGACUCAUUCCUGAAAGGACAAUAUGGAAAUAUUUCGUACAGCUGUGCAGCGCCUUGGAGCACAUGCAUUCCCGCAGGAUAAUGCACAGAGAUAUCAAGCCUGCCAACGUUUUCAUCACGGCCACCGGGGAGGUGAAGCUGGGAGACCUGGGCCUCGGCCGCUUCUUCAGCUCCAAGACCACGGCUGCACACUCCUUAGUGGGAACGCCCUACUACAUGUCUCCAGAGAGGAUUCACGAGAACGGAUACAACUUCAAAUCAGACAUCUGGUCGCUGGGCUGUUUGCUGUACGAGAUGGCUGCCCUGCAGAGUCCCUUCUAUGGGGACAAGAUGAAUCUCCUGUCCUUGUGCCAGAAGAUCGAGCAGUGUGACUACCCACCUCUCCCCUCCGACCACUACUCUGAGAAGCUGAGAGACCUCGUCAGCAUGUGCAUCAACCCCGACCCGGACCAGCGCCCGGACAUCGUCUACGUGCUCCAGAUCGCCAAGCAGAUGCACCUGUGGUCCUCCAGCACCUGAGCUCCCACUGGCUCACCUGAGCAGCAGCUGGAGACAGGAGACCGCGGCCAAUCGCGAGCCAGCCAAUCUCGGUCUUACUUGAAUUCAGUCUGUUUUGUUCACUUUUCCGAGAGAAAGAUGCAGAGCAAUGCCUCGAGAAGCUUUGAGAUGAGCAGACUGCGUUGUUUUUUUCCUUUUCUGUUUAUUCGGAAAACCACUCGUUUUUUUAAUAAGACCUGUAUAGUUGUCUGCAUCAUGCAGUGGUUAAAAUAUAUCUCUAUCGAGCGCAGUGCAGUGAUUGGUGGAAAGGAAAGUGAGGGCGUGGUGCCAUUCCCCCAUUGGACCAGGGGAAAGGGAGGUCUGUCUGGUUUUGAUGAUGUCACAAUGGGCUCUUCCUCCAGGGUGAGGCAAGAAGUUGGGCGUGUCCCUGCUCGAACGAGACAGGCUUUCAGAGCAAUGUGAACUGACCAGUCGGAUCCCUCACUUGCUAUAUGCAUACUAAUGAUGUACUUUAAAUAUUGCAUAUUAAAAUUUCAAUUUUCCUUUUUUUAAAUGCUUUACUUUUUCAGUGCUACAUAACAAUGUGUCUGGACAUCAUUUAAAUGUAGAAUAUUGCUGAUAAGGCCUACUGUUUUGUUUUUUUUUUUUCUCAAAGCGGUUUGAAAAUGCCUGAUAGCUCCAGUUGAUUUGUGGUUUGAAGUUCCCUGCUGGAAGCUGCAGAAUUGAAGGGGUUCUGUGGUUCAGUUAAUGUUUUGUCGUGUGCUCUAUGUUCAUAUUGUAUUUUUUUUUUUUUUGUAGAUGGAUAAAGAAACUUACUGAUAGCAUCCUCCCCGAGAUCAAAGCCAAACAUGCUAUUGCGCAAGCCUUGUUACAGAAGUAUUUUUCUACUGUGAAAUUAUAAAACAUUAACUAUAUAGAAUCAUUCUAAUAAGAGACAUGUUAAGAAGCAUAGCUAAUAAAAUAUACUCUGUGUAUAACCUGAGUGGAUUCUCGGAUAUUAUGAUGCUCAUAUAGGAGAGGAGCAGAAAAAGUUGUCCCUGUCCUUCAGUGAUGAGGAGGUGUGGUCGGUGCGGAUUGGUCUACCUCUGUACUGCACGCUCCACCCCAAAAGAUACGGACCAAUCAGCUGUUACUACAUCACAACAGGCUCUAUGUCUAAGGAGCAACGACACCUGACACCUGUGACAUCAUCACACAGGCUACUGUGGAGGGGGCAACUGAAUGUGCUAGCCAGUUAGGUAGGGACUAGCAAAGCAGAAAAAACUAAUACCUGUAAUUUUGUAGUUGUAACUUUUGUAACUUUAAAUUAACAUAAAUGAAGAAAGUCCGCUGAGAAAUGGACCAAACAAGCAAGCAGACAGAAAGGCAUGGCUAGAAUGCCCCUUGUGUUGACUUGUUUGCACAGCGUGUGUGUGUGUGUGUGUGUGUGUGUGUAUACGCUUUUGACGCCUCCUCCCUCAGUAGCCUGUCACAGGUGUCUGUUGCGUCCGCCCCCUCACUGUGUCACUGAAGGAUCCCGUUGUUCACCUGCCACAAACCAAAGAUUCAUGGGAUUGACUCCCGUGCAGAGCCACCUUCCCGCUGAUCACAUGACUCGGUCACUGCCGAGACAAUCUCUGCUUAAUGAUGUAAAACUUAACGAGGGGGCGCCCUGCGGUACAGGUUUACUGGUCAUUAAUAUCGAGCACACCUCAACAGCUACACUGAAAAUGUAAGAUGGCAAAUUUUCAGUAAAUAUCAGCUACAUUCUCUUCUCGUAACCUGUUUCUGUUUUCCAUCUCUGCUUAAACAAGUCCAGUGUGUGUUCAUCUCAUGAAAUCCCAUCGAGGUACCUCUUUCAUUAUGCCAUAGAAAACAAUGCAUUGCUUUACUUUUACUGGAUGAAAAGGAUAACUCAUCACACUUCUGUCAUUACAGCUGUUCUUAAUGUUGGCAAUAAUCAUAUCUGGAAAUGUCUUCCUCUAAAAUAAAUAAAUAAAUAAAUAAAU